GAUUUUUGGACCUCGCCGUUUAAUUUACAAACUAUUAGAAACAUAAUUUCUUAUAAAUGUCUACUAGAAUGAAAUGUACAACCCUCCAUAAGUGGAAAUAUUUCAUAAAGUUUUUAUGCUUAUUCUAUGUCCCCUUUUACAACUGUAGUUGUCUUUCUAAAAAAAAAAAGGUUUGUUUUCAUUUUAGUUGUGGAAGAUAUGAUAAUAGAAGAAUUGAGGCAACAUGCAGUUGAGAUCACUAUUGACCGUAAGAGUCUACAUCCAGAUCUGAAGGUUUCUCAGGACUGUAAAACCGUGAGGGACAGUGCUGAUUAUAAUCACACCGGAGAGGAAUUUCCAUAUCAAUUAUGUGCAUUUGGAGCCCAAAGAUUCACAUCCGGUCGUCACUAUUGGGAAGUAGAACUGGCACAAGAAAACACACCUCCCAAAAACUAUUGGUUAAUUGGUGUGAUGAAAGAGGGAUGUUUAUUUUCAAGAGACAAACCUGCUUUAACUCCAUCAAACGGUUUCUGGUUCUUGUUUUCAGACGGUCCUAAUGGCUUUCACACAAACACUGAUCAAUCAGUUAAACUCUCUCUGACACCGAGACCUGAGGAACUGGGAGUUCUGUUGGAUUAUGAUGACGGACAGCUGUCAUUUUACAAUGUCACUGAGAGAAAACAUCUCCUGACCAUCAGCAGCAGAUUCUCUGGAUCAGUCGUUCCUCUCUUCAAUCCUGGAGCUGGUGAUCUGAGUCCUCUUAAAAUCCUGGAUUGUGCAAAACCUGCAGAACCAGCUGAAUCCAGUCAGCCUUUACUGAGUAAUAACAGCGCAGACGCCUGACUGACCACUGCAGUGUUUAAUCAGAAGGAAUCAUUUCAUCACCCUGCAUGGGCAAAGCAUCGUUACACACAAGAGUUUAUCAGAGCGGAGACAAAACCAAGAUGACUGAAAGAGAACAGAAACACCAUAAAACACAGAGACAAAUGGCUGAAAAUACUAUGAUUUUCGGCCUUCAUCUGAUCGGC